UGUGAGCUAGUUAGCAAAUCGCUCUGAGAGCCCUUAGAUCUGCCUGGUAGUCGCAGCGACAUGGGGUUAAGAUAAGAGGAGUGUGUCUACAUGCUUCAGAGCGAAGACCCAGCGCAAACGAAAGGGAUUGGUACUCAGGUUGAAAGGGUAGCCUACUAGCCUACAUUUUCAUCCCGCCGUGUGUAAAGGGGAUACAUACAUAGAUGGACAGAGCGUUGAAUUCCAAAUUAACUUGCCAACCGGUGCGAGGAAUUGGUGGAUAUAAUGGGGAAUACGACACCUAAGCCUUUUGUAGAUGCGACCCUACAUCACCGCCCAGUGGCCAAGAGGCAGUACUACAUCCUUCCCAACAGCGGAUCGAGUGUGGAGAGACGGACCCCUGCUCCUCCUGCCAGCCUCAGCCUCGAGUCGCCGCGCUUCCACCCCCACGCCAAGGGCAAGAACGUCCGUCUGGACGGGCAGCUACGGCGCGCCACCCGCAAAAACAGCUUCUGUAAUGGCAUCACCUUCAGCCACAGACCCGUGCGUCUGUACGAGAAGGUGCGUCUGCGUCUCAGCGGCGUGCACACGGGCUGGAGUGGCGCUCUGCGCUUCGGCUUCACCAGCCUGGACCCCAGCGAGCUGUCCUCGGCGGAAAUCCCCAAGUACGCAUGCCCCGACCUGGUGACGCGGCACGGGUACUGGGCCAAGGCCCUGCCUGAGAGGCUGGCCCAGAAGGACAACGUCCUCUCCUUCUGGGCCGACCGCCACGGCAGGGUGUUCUACAGCAUCAACGAAGGGGAGCCCAUCCUCUUCCACUGCGGGCUGAGUAUCGGCUGCCCGCUGUGGGCCAUUGUCGACAUCUACGGGAUCACGCAGGAGGUCACGUUACUCGAGAGCACGUUUGCAGAGAGUGUGGCGUCCAGCUGUCUGUCGGCGGCGCGCCUCAGCGCCUACCUGCCCCAGAGCAGCCACGACUCGGCCAACUACAACAACAACCAGCUGGAGCACAACCAGGCGGCGGCCGCCAAGAUCGCGACCCUGCAGCUCAGCGGCUACAGCCAGCUCACCCCCUGCGGCUCCUCCUCCACCUCCAGCUCCUCCACCUCCACCACCGUCACUACCUCCUCCUCCUCCACCUCCUCCUCCUCCACCUCCAGCCCGCUCUCCGCCAGCUCCGCCGCCUCCUCCUCCGCCGCCCCCGGCGGCCCCCGCCCGGCCAAACCGGGCCUCCCCUUGGCGCUGGACAACGGCCUGCACUUCCACCUGGUGCGCGGCUCCGACGUCGUCCUGUCGGCCGACCGCUCGGCCGCCUGCAUCCACUUCCUGGACAGCAGCCGCACGCUGGUGUUCGGCGACCGGCCGCUGCACGUGGACGAGACGGUGUACGUGGAGGUGGGCCACCUGGGCCUGCCCUACUUCGGGGCGCUGCUGUUCGGCCUGACGUCCUGCGACCCGGCGGGCCUCCACGCCGGCGAGCUGCCCGCCGACCCCCAGCUGCUGCUGGAGCGCAAGGAGUACUGGGCGGUGCACCGCGGCGUGCCCGUGCCCUGCUCCGGGGACGUGCUCAGCUUCACGCUGCGCGCCGACGGGGAGGUGCACCACGGGGUGAACGGGGCGCGGCGCGGCCGUCUGCUCUGCGUCGACGCGUCGCAGGUGCUCUGGGCGUUCUUCACCCUGCACGGCGCCAUCAACCGGCUGCGUAUACUGGGGACUCUCCAGUCUUCCCCUCUCUCCGUGUCUCCCAGUGGCUCUCCGAGCAGCGGCCCAGAUGACAGUGAUUCAGACCUGGCUUUCAGUGUCAACAGAUCCUCGUCUGCCUCCGAGUCCUCACUGGGUGCGUGGCUGAAACCCGUCACGGCCCCCAGCUCCCCUCUAAGCCCCCCGGUGUCUCCCAGCCUCUCCGCUCCAGAGCUGCCGCUGCCGGGGAAGAGCGGGGAGUGCACGGUGUGCUUCGACCAGGACGUGGACACGGUCAUCUACACCUGUGGACACAUGUGUCUGUGCCACGAGUGUGGGCUGAAGCUCAAGAGACAGAUGAACGCCUGCUGCCCUAUCUGCCGCAGGCCCAUCAAAGAUGUCAUCAAGACGUAUCGGCCCUGAUUAUGCAAUACAACUUGAACUUAUUUUUACCCCAUGGUGGGAUGGUGGAUGCCUUGAUGCUGCAAGCUUCCCUGUCUCCUGUUUGUUUCUCAGGCUUUGAGGAUUUAAAAAUACAAACUUGAAGAGAUCCACAACAUGCCACGAUUGUGCCUUUAGUUUUGAAAUCAAUGAUUUCAACAUUGCAACAAUUGAAGCGACUGGUCUGUGUGUUGAUCCAUAAAGGCAAGCGUGUUGCUUCUAUUGUGAGCCAGAACAUUGUUGAGGCUAACUUUAGCAAAGAAGGCUACCCACUAUGCCCAGCCUUGGACCUGAUCUCUCCUGCUGUGCUUAUUUUCUAUUUUCUUUCUGUGCGUAGGCUGAAAAGGAGAUGGCCUGCAAUGAAUAUUUAGUUCUCAAGUUAUUUUUCACCCAGUUUGUUCCUUUUAGUUUAUUUUUUGUUAAUAGAUGUUACAGCACAUGAAUACAGCUAUAGUGUAUGUAUAGUGUAUAUGUAUAUAUAUAGUACCACAUAUAGUGUUUGACUUAAAGUGCCUUAGACAUUUGUCCAUUUGCAGACGUAUUACUUUAAAGAAAAUCUAUAGCUACAGCAAGCUAUAUAUUUUAAAUGGUCCAUUGGUGACACACAAAAUGUGUUGUGUGGUGAGUAAAUGUAUCGGGAAUGGGAAGAAAGCAGGAAUUUAAUUAAUUUUUGUUUGGUAAGUAAGACAAACAUUUUGAAAAUUAAAAAGAAAUUCAAAAUGCCUAUAUUAAUAUUGAAUAUAUAUUAAUUCUUUAAUCCAGAUCUGAGAAGUGUUUUUACUCUUUUGGUGCCUUAAAUGUCUUGUGAUGUAUUGUUUGAGGAUAAUAACUCUGAAGACCCUCCAAGAAAUCUUUUUUCAUGCACUGAAAGACUUUGUCAUACAUAAAGUCAUAAAGUCACUGAAAGACUAUGUAUUUCUGGCAUGACACAAGGUUGGGAUUAUAGAGUACAUUAAGAGUUUUGGAUGUUCUCUACUGAUUAAAACUAACUUUUUUUUCUGUGUGGAUAAAAAAACAUGGGUUUGAAGAUGAACGGGUUCAUGUUAACUGGUGGGAACUAUGUAGGCUUGAUGUCGCCAUUUUUAUUUCUACAACUUAAAUUGAAUAAAUACAAAAUUAGAAUAUUGAUUAUUUGUAAUAUUAUAGAUGUUCAUAUUAUUGCGAUGCAUCAAUGGGUUUCAGAAAGGAAAGCACACAAAAAGAAUAUCCACCAAUUCCCCCUGAAUCUGAACUUUAAUGGAUCCAGGAAAGCGAAGGGUGGAAUGAAAGGAUGAGGGGUUAAAGGUUUGGAUAUUAGCAUUCAUCACAGUUGAAUGUUGCUCUGUUUUUCACUAAAAAGGUAAACUUCGUGUGAGUCACACGAUUUCCAACCAAUCCAACCAAGAGGCGUAACCCUGUUUGCACACAGGCAGACAACCAACCAGUCGGAACAAAUAUUUUAGGAAGGAGCAGAUAUCGGCGUAUACAACACAGCCCAGCUGUGUUCUUAUCAAUUUUAUCAACAGUGCCCCGAAUGAAUAUUUAUAAUGUCCAAAGUUUGUUGCAAACAAAAAAUAAGUCGGCCUAGUUUUUCCUGCAAUUCAAUGCAACUAUUUUAUUUAUUUCUAGAAUAUAUACUGGCGCUACUAACGUAGGCCUACGCUUGGCAAUGCGUCCUCAUUAUUUAUGUUUGCACAACAUCGACGGUGUAAAGGUCAUCCGAUCUGGAACAGUAAAACAGGUUUUUCGCCUACCACAGACUGAGGUGUUUCACAACAAACUAUCUAAACGCUCACACGCAUGCGUGUGACCGGUUCGGCCUCAUUCCAUGUUUUUGGGCUUGAUUUUUCACAGAACUCAGAUAUCCCACCCUUUCUUCCAUACUUGACCAAAGAGGUAUUUUCAUAUGCAGUUUUUUGGGAAAUUUUAUUUUAAAGUCAAAUAGGCCUAGGCCUAUAUAUAUAUAUAUUCAAUAAAAAGUGAAAACCAGUUUAAUUGAAAAGGGAUUAAGAAAAUAGAAGAACAAAUGUCCAGUCAACAUUAUGUAGAAAAUUAGGAACCUAAAUCAAAGUUUAAAUGAAUGUUUAAUUUAAACAUCAUGACAUAGACCCAGUAGGAGUAGCAGUAGGCCUACAUCAUGGGAUAUUCAUUUUCACCCUUAACAUGCCUCUCUGCUUUUGAUUAAAACGUCCGUCUUUGGUCCUUCACUGUAUGGGAAAAAAAUGUAUACAUAUUAACCCUGAAAACACCAAAUUCACAAGUUAAAAAAAUAUAAAAUAAUAAAUUCAGCUUACCUGUUGGCGAAACACAACAUGCAUUCACUCGGAUAAGUUGCGCCAUCGGUUCCACAAACCGGCUCAUAUUCACGUGUACAAAACGGUAACGUAUAUUGGUCACACUGUGGCUGCUCCUACAAGUCAAAAAUUCAGAUCGAACAUUUCAAAUCGACGAAUCCCUUGAGCCUACCUCAAACAUAAGGCCUCGUUAUGUCCUGAAUGUCUCACCCCCUGAGAGUCGU